AUGCUCUUGAUCUCUGGUUUGCAGCAUUUGCUUCUCUCUCGGCUUGCACCUCUUCUGGUGUUUGAGCUGCUCUUGAUCUCUGGUUUGCAGCAUUUGCUUCUCUCGGCUUGCACCUCUUCUGAUGUUUCAGAUGCUCUUGAUCUUAUCUGUCAUGCAGCAUUUGAUUCUCUCCCGGUUUGCACCUCUUCUCAUGUUUCACAUGCUCUUGAUCUUAUCUCUCUUGCAGCAUUUGACUCUCUCCUAGUUUCUGCCUCUUCUUUUGUUUCUUCUGCUCUUCUCUCCUUUUCAACAAAUGAAAGCGUUUUUAAAGUUGUGAUAUUUUUGUACGAUUAUGCAAGGAUGAUGUCAUUUGGAUUAUUUCAUGAAGAGGAGGAUAGCUUGAAAGAUUUAUCCAUUGAAUUAACAUCACACAAAGAAUGGCUUGAACGUAUCAAGAUACAAGGUAACAAGCCUGAAGACUGGGCUGAGUUUAUUGAACAUAUUAAGGCACAAAUCAGUGUUCCUUAUGAAUCUUUCUGGAAUCGAUAUAUUUGUGACCUUUAUGUAAUGGCAUUUAAGACCAUUCAAGGUAAAUGCAAUGUGAUGUUUGUUAAACUGUUCAUUGAUUAUGCCAAUCUGAAAAGUGAAGAUAAUGCAGAUGAUGGACGGAUGCUGUUCAGCCAGGCACGAUCAAUUGCCAGAAAGUUCUCCAUUGCCCACAUUGCUGCUGCAGAAUUUGAGCUCAAACAAGGCAACAAGGCCAAGUGUCAGAAGAUUUUGGAGAAGGCUGAAAUAUUUGGUGCUGAACCUGUUAAUCUCUUGAAAAAGGCCAUUAAAAAUCUUAAUGCAGGCAAAUCCUACCUGCUCACAGCAGAUGAGAAGGCACAAUACUUUGAACAAAAAAAUGAAAAGGUAGAAGAAAAACCUUCCUUAACCAGCAGCAUGAGUUUACCUGAAGGAAGUAAUAAGAACAAAUUUCUGACUGACAUCAUGGCUUCUCAAGCUCCAGUAAUCAGUCGUAUCAAAAGCGUACCUCAUACAGCUUCAGAGAAAAAUUCCCAGCCCCCUGAUCCUUUUGGCUCUUCAGAGAAGUGGGUAUCUGGAAGCCUCCUCUCUGAAAAAUGGGGGUCCUCUGGGAAUUUUCCUUCCUCUGAUAGACGUUUGUCCAGCAUCUUAUCUGGCCCCGACCGCCGCCUAUCAAGUAUCCAUAAUGUUGUUGACCGGCGUUUGUCUAGCAUCCAUUCAGUGACUGAUCGGCGAAUCUCAAACAUCCACUCUACUGCUUCUCAUGGUCUUGCUGAGAAACCCCCACUCACAACAUCCUCCUCCUCAUCAUCAUUGCUGACUCACCACAUGACCCCAGACUGCAACAAGCCACAUGGGAACACUGACAGUAGUGGCAGUAGCAGCAGUUCAAUUUCUAAAUUAGUCAAUGUGACCAGUAUGCCACGUCGUGUGAAAAUUAAAUCUAAAAGUCAAUAUGAUUUUGAUGAUGAUAGUGAUGAAGACAACAACACAGUCUACAAUUUCAAGUCAUCCAUGUCUUCAGCUAUGGUUGGUCGCAGUUUCAACAAUAAAUUUCAGAGUGAUCCCAUCACAGAAGAAGAUGAUUCCAUUGACAGUAGUAAAUCAAGUAUUAAAGGUCAAAAAUGUGCCAAAAAUGAUAAAGUUGACCUGGAGUCACAUAAUAUAUUCCAAAUAAAUGAAAGAAAUAUCCAAGAUAAGAUCAAUUCAAAUGUUAAUGACACAGAAUCUGAUAAAGAGGAUAAUGAUUUCCCCCAGUUUCCUGCUCUUUCCAAGUUUAGUCUUGGUUUUAUGAGAAACAGAGGGGAGGCUCCUUACCUCUUGUCUGCCUCUUCAUCUCUGUCUACAUCAACUCUUUCAGCAUCCACAUCUUGCAUUGCAGGGGAAAAGUCAAAACUUUCUGCUUCUUCUGUCGGCCUGUCCAAGAGCAGAAGUACAUUAAAUCAGCUUCUUUUAGAGACUGACAAUUUGCUUUCUAGCACAAAUGUAGCCCCUCAUAUUUUUGUUGAGCCCAAACCUGUGACAAACAUUGUGAGACCUACCCAGGCUAAAUGUCAUCCAGAUACACCUCGACCAGGCACCGGUACACCGCCUGUUGCAGCCAGCAAAGAAGAUAACAUUGCUCCUCCUCCUCCAAGUCGUCGUUGUCUUGGGACUUCUCUUGACACUGCUGUUAAGGCCAGUAGUCCUGCCACCUGUGAUAGUUCGACAUUGAGUGAAACUCUGAAAGCUUCUAUGAUUACUGUUAGGGAAAAUAUAAAUGAUACAGUGCUUUUUGAAAGCAAGCCUGUUGACAAUAUUCUGACUGCAAGUGCAACAAAACACAAAAUCCCCCAAGAAUCAACUUUGUCCUCCUCUUCUUCACUAGCCAAAAAGCCAGUUAUGUCAAAUAUCAGCCAUUAUGAUAAUGGAGAUAAACAAGACAUUGCUCUUUUUCAAUCCAAUUCAGCAGCAGCUGUCAGCUCACCACAAUCUUUAAUGGACAAAAGAAAGAUAAAUAAGGGACCAAAUGAUCAAGCCCAAUUAGAAAAGAAUCCCUCAAAACCACUGCAACCCAAAACACAGAUGCAACCUCAGAAGCCUGCUCAAGGAAAACCAAUUGCUCAACAGAAUCGGGAAGAAAAUCCAGUUGCAAGUUCGCAAGGACCAGUAACAUACACAGUGAGCCUUAAUCAGCCAAUUCAAGGCAAGAAACCUCGAUCUUUGAUUGUCAAUGGUAAGACAUAUAUGAUCUUGAAGAUGGUAGGGCGUGGAGGAAGCAGUAAGGUGUACCAAGUACUGGACCAAUCUUAUAACAUGUUGGCUGUGAAACACAUUGACUUUGAAGGAGCAACUGAGGCUACAAUUCAAAGUUACAUGAAUGAAGUGACACUUUUGAAACGUUUGCAGUACAGUGACCUGGUGGUCAAGUUGUUUGACUAUGAAUUGGAUUACACAGAGAAUUGUCUCUAUUUAGUAUUGGAGUGUGGAGAGACUGAUUUGGCUACCAUGUUUAAGAACCGAACCAAGAAAGAGAGAGUGCCCCGUGAGAUGGUGAAGUUUUAUUGGGGAGAGAUGCUUAGAGCUGUACAAGUUCUUCACAAAGAAGGUAUUGUCCAUUCAGAUCUGAAACCAGCCAACUUUCUCAUUGUUGGGGGCAAUCUGAAACUGAUUGAUUUUGGUAUUGCUGGUGUUAUCCAAAAUGACCGGACAAGUAUGACGCGAGACACCCAGAUGGGUACCCUGAACUACAUGAGCCCAGAAACAAUCAUGGAGAUGCAGUCAGACACUGGAAGCCGUCUUCAUAAAUUCAAGAUUAGUGUGAAGAGUGAUGUCUGGUCUCUUGGCUGCAUCCUUUACAGCAUGAUUUACGGAAAAACCCCAUUUCAGCAUAUCACCAAUCCAACGAUGAAGCUACAAGCCAUUAUUAAUGCAAGCCAUCAUAUUGAAUUUGGUGAUGAGUAUGACACAGAUUUACUGGAUACUAUAAAGAGAUGCCUACGCCGUAAUCCCAAAGAGAGACUAAGCAUUGGUGAGCUUCUCCAACACCCUUAUUUGGCCGAAAAGACUAAAGCUGCUCCAACUGAAGAAAAUGUAACAAAUAGUCCAAGUGGAGACAUGAAUAAUUUGGUAGCUGAUGUGCAUAGUAUUUUAAAAAAAUUGGCUGAUACCAAUGUUGCUUCUCCAAACACAAUCAAAACAUUGAAACAGACAUUGCAGCAACUUGGACCAAAGAAGGAAAUGAACAAAGUCCUGAAUCAGUUGCCAAACAAUAAGAAGUGCUCAUCACCUGAUGUGAACAGCAAGCCAGAGAUUAUCCGCAAAGUGGAACCAAAGCAGAAAUUUGCAAAUGGCGGUGUCAAGGAAGUGCGUGCACCACUGCAGUGUUUGAACUUGAAAGACUUGAGACGGGAGAAAGUGGGCAAAGACUCUUAG